CUGAAAUAAUUCGUCCUGUAAAUAACUUGAAAUACCUAUAAACAAACUCCAGGCCACUAAAAUUGUCAGCGAGAACAUGAACAGCGAACAAGAUAGUGUAGAAACAAUUCAAUUAUCUUCCAACGAAAAUACCGCUAUUUCCAGGAUUCUCUCCUUUGAACAAAUUACAGGUCAGUUUAUGCAGGAACACUUUCGUGGAAAUAUUUGUAAAGUAUGUGGUGAAGUGUGUACUUGUAAUGUGAAGUUAGAGGAACAUAUGACAUCUCAUACUAAAGAUCAGACUAUUAAAUGUGACAUAUGUCUUAAAGUGUUUAGUUCGAAACAUAAUUUACAAAGGCACACGGUAAUGCACACUGGGAAUAAACCGUACACAUGUGAUUUUUGUGGGAAAGUAUUUAGUCAGAAUCAGAGCUUACAGAUACACAUGAGAAUACACACUGGUGAUAAACCUUAUAUAUGUGAUAUAUGCAGUAAAGGGUUUAGCCAACUUUGUUCCUUAAGGAGACACACACGUGUACACACUGGUGAAAAACCCCAUACAUGUGAUGUAUGUGGUAAAGGAUUUGGUUCUAAAAAUCAUUUACAAACACACAUGAGAACACAUACUGGGGACAAACCUUAUAAAUGUGAUAUAUGUGGUAAAGCAUUUAAUCAGCGUGGUGUCUUACAGAGACACACUAGCAUACACACAGGUGAUACACCUUUUAAAUGUGAUGGCUGUGGUAAAGCCUUUAGUACUAAACAUCAAUUGCAGACUCAUAUGAGAAUACAUACAGGUGAUAAACCUUAUAAAUGCGAUCUUUGCAGUAAAGAGUUUGGUCAGUUUAGUGCCAUACAAAGCCACAGGAGGAUACACACUGGCGAUUCACCUUAUAAAUGUGGAUUAUGUGGUAAAUCGUUUUUUCAGAGUCAGAAUUUACAGUCUCACAUGAAGACACACAUUGGUGAUCAACCUCGUUCAUUGUACCAAACAGUGACACACGAGACUACACAUGUGUGAUACACCCUAUUUAUGUGGUUUAAGUGGUAAAUCGUUUAUUCAGAAUCAGUCACGAUAAUACACACUGCUGAAAAACCCUAUACGGCAGAUUACAUAAAAGAAAAGGAAAUGUCUGUCAAAAUGAAUAAAUAAAUAAAAACAAUACUAUACUAACUGUCAUUAGAAUGAUAAUCUGUGAAUGUUUUAAUUAAUAAUAAUGUUAAAUGAAGUAGAAAAACCAAUUAUUGGAUAUGAUUGUUUCCAUUUAAAGUAAAAAUUAUCAAAACAAGUUGAAAAAUGCUAAAUGUUUGACAGAAUUACUUCCCAUUUUUUGACACAAGGUUUAUGUGUUACAAUGCUUUAUAUUGACACUGAUAUAAUGGUUUUUAUUAGUGUAGUCUGAUUAUAUUCAAAUAUCCCUGUUUCCAAAUCUAUUGCUUUUUUAAGUAAAAAAAAACAUCUGUGAUAUUUUUUCAAUUUCAAAUACCUUGCUUUAUAGCUGCUUGUCUACCAAUCUUAUGAUAGCAACUGUUUUGUUCUGUUCUAGACAGCUAGAAAUCCCUCCUCCAAAGGAGCACUUCGCACAAUGUCGAAUAAAGUGUUUAUAAAACCUAAAAAGACAUACUAGGUACGCCUCGUGGGAUGAGUGUUGGUUACUAUUAAAGACCCUUACAUUGCCUAGGUGGAAGGCCUUUGAUUAUACGAGUUCGUAGUCCGUGUAGAGCAAAGCAUAGCUUCCUGGUUAUGUAUUCUAUAGUGUAGCAAGCAUCAGUACAUUUACACUUACAACCACAAGCACAGAUCAUAAAGCUACUAGGAUCUAAUAUAAAGUUUGUGUCUAGUGUGACAUUUCUGUGAGGCCAACCUUAAAAAUAUGUUUGUUUGCAGUUUCCCCGACUGUACCUUCAGACUGAAGGGUCGGUAGGUAGGAAAAAUAUUUUAUUUUAUCAGCCAAAAAGUUUAAACAAGCAGUUACACAAACCAAGUUUCUUGUUAAGAAAAAAAACCUAUUUUAAAACAACAAACACUGAAAACCAACAUGAAAUGAACGGGCAUUGUCAAAUAAAAAACAAAUUUUGAAAUAAAACUGAAACUUUAAUUCAAUUUAUGACAUAAAAUAUGGUAUUAUUAAAUACUGAAACACUUAUAAACAAGGAAUGACUAGAACUGUUUUAAAGAAAUAUAUCACAGACAUAUAUGCUUCUUCAUGUUCUUGACUAGAAUGUUUUCAUGAGUAGAGUAUUUUCAUCAGAAAAAUGUAGACAUUAAAGAUUUAUAAGACAAUGUAUAAACAUGUUAAAGAGUUUAUUUUAAAUUAAAAAAAUCAGCCAUUGAAUCU